AUGGACUCUGGAAAACCCCCUGAAGGAGUCCUCCCAAGUACUGUGCGUGGCCAGAUGAACAAGAGCGAUCGUAGUAGUAGACACAGAGAUGCCGUGUCUGGCAUGAACGGUACAAUGGAGGAGCAUAGGGCGGGAGCUGAGGCCUUGAGGCACACCAAGGGUAGUGGCACCACUCUUGGAAAGGAAGCAUGGCAUCCUCAUAAGCAUCCUCGAAAGGCUCUUGUUAGAGGACGUAUUAGGAAAGCUCAUGUGAACCAUCAGGUAGAGGGCAACAUCAUGUUGGCCAAGCUGCUGAUAUUCCUCUCUGUGAAUUCCAAUGGCGGCCCCAACGACAUCAUCACGGCACCUUCCGAACCGGAUCUGGGUGACCUCCCCAACCACGAUUCCCUCUUCUUGUGUAACCAUGUGUGCUGGCAACGGCAUCCCAAGGGUAUCACGGGAAUAGACAUCAAGGGGUCGGCCUCGGUGGUGACUCGAUGCGAGGUCUCGCCCAUGGCCGACAUACUCUUCCGUCGUACCAAGCCAAGCCUUUUACGGAGCCUGGCGAGGGUUUGUGAUGAAGAAUGCAUUGCUAUGACUGCAGAGGACAACUCCCCGAUAUCAGCCUGCGUUGCCGUACCGUGUUCAGAGAGAUGCCGUGUGGAAGGUAUCGUUAGUGGCACGCGUUGCUCGGCUACUCUGGAGUACGAUUGGUGCCUUUGGACCAGGGCAUGCGAUGGUUGUUUGAAACAAGAGGAGCCAACGACUCUGGGCAGAGGGACUCUCGUCACGGCAAUCGAGAUGCAGUGCAUGAAUUUCGAUGGCGAGUGCCGACCCUUGGGGGAGUUCUUCCCUUGUGCGGCACCAUACUUCGAGGAGGCCUUCCCUUAUGGACCGUACUACACUACAGUUAAAGGGAAACCUUACAAAGAGGUUAGGAAUAUCGGAGUUGACUGGAACAACUUCACAGUCGCGGUGGAAGCUGUACUGCACAACCAUCGUGGAGCUACGCCCGAGUGCUUCAAGGCGAGGUUUCUAGUGGUGGAUAGUAGCCGCGAGAAGAAGUAUAGGCUGGAGGAUCGACAGUGGCGAUCUGCCAUCUGUGCUGAGCAUUGGGAUGACCCUACUCUACCAUGGGAGAUUGACGAUCGUGUCGUCAGGGGCGACUUUGAUGGCCGUAUUGAGGAUAUGUUCCUAUUCGAAUCUGACCAAAAUCCUGGCCGUCCGGCCUCCGUUCGGGUAGUCGGGAAAGUCCCAUUGAUGAGGGCAGCAAAGGACAUGAACAACGUUGUCCACCUAACUCCUGACUUCAAUGAUUAUCAAGUCUUGCUCUGCUUGGGGCCUAGGUCGGGAUACAUGAGUCCCCUGGGAGAUGCAGCGUUGAAGGUACUUGGACCAUGGAGGUUGAAGCUGACGAAUGACCUGCUCGAGACAAAUGUGGGCAUCCAACGAGGGAAGGAGGAGGGUAUUGCCACGGAGAUACCUUCCCCUGGUAUGCACACUCAUGGUGUUCUGGUUCCCUGA